AUGUGCAAGGAAUUUGCUGAGAUGAUCGGGAAUGAAUUUGAAAUGAACAUGAUGGGUGAAUUGAAUUUCUUCUUAGGGCUGCAAAUCAAGCAAACUCCUACUGGAACCAUGAUCCAUCAAAAAAAAUAUAUCAAAGAACUGUUGAAAAAAUUCAACAUGGACUCUUCUAAGUCAAUAGACACUCCUAUUGCCAUUGCAACGAAUUUGAACCUUGAUGAAGAAGGGAAAAUUGUGGAACAAAACCUGUAUAGAGGAAUGAUUGGAUCAUUGUUGUAUCUCACAGCAAUCAGGCCUGAUAUUGUAUUUAGUGUGAGAUUGUGUGCAAGAUUUCAGGAAAAUCCCAAAGAGUCUCAUCUAAAGGCUGUCAAAAGAAUACUCAGAUAUCUUAAAGGGAAUCCUGAUCUAUGUCUGUGGUAUCCUAGAGGAUACAACUUUGAUCUAGUUGGUUAUGCUGAUGUUGACUGUGCAGAAUUUCAUGUUGAUAGGAAAAGCACUUUAGGAAUAGCACACUGUCUUGGUUCUUUCCUGGUGACAAAGAAGCAAAACUCAGAGGUUAUGUCUACAGCUGAAGCAGAAUAUGUGGCAGCACCAUCUUGCUAUGCUCAAUUGUUGUGGAUAAGACAACAACUAAAAGACUGUGUUAAGAGUGACAGGGUGGUAGUUCGUGCUGCUGCUAAAGGGCAAACAAUUGUUAAAGAAGUUGUGGCUCAGGAGGAAUCUGCGUCUACUACUACUAAUCAGGUAAGAUUACCUCCAUCAAAGUUAGAUGUUCUGGUUUCUGCUAUUAAGGUUGCAGCCCUAGAAAUCAUUCCACCCAUGAGUGACAAACCAAUAGUAGAGGAUACUGCUUUAGAAACAAAAGUUACAACUUAG